UUCAGCUUGUUAAAUGACAAUAGCAUUAGAACUAGUUUAAGACUUAUUCGUACAGGUUGCUACAAGGAAAAUGGACGAGAAAACACCGCUAAUAAUCAAGCCCACAUCGCGCACAAGCAAUGCCAGGCUAUACCUCGCUGUUUUUUCUGCUGUUUUGGGGAAUUUCAAUUUCGGCUAUGCCUUGGUGUACCCCUCCCCAGUGAUCCCUCAACUCAAAAACAGUGAUAACCCCCAAUUGAGAAUGGACACAGAACAGAUAGCCUGGUUUGGGUCUAUUUUCACACUGGGGGCAGCAGCAGGAGGACUUGGUGCCAUGCUUCUGAAUGACCUGAUUGGCCGGAAGUUGAGCAUCAUGGUGUCAGCAGUCCCCUCAACAGUAGGGUACAUUGUGAUGGGAGGGGCACAAGCUACUUGGAUGCUACACCUAGGCAGGUUCCUGACUGGUAUCGCUGGUGGCAUGACUGCUGCUUCCAUACCUGUGUAUAUAUCAGAGAUCUCCCACCCCAAAGUUAGGGGGGCUUUGGGAUCGUGCCCUCAAAUCACUGCUGUGUUUGGAGCCCUGUCACUCUAUGCCCUUGGGCUGGUGGUUCCAUGGCGGUGGCUGGCUGUGGUGGGGGAGAUCCCAGCUCUGCUCAUGCUGCUGCUGCUGUGCUUCAUGCCCAACUCUCCCCGCUACCUCACCAUCUGUGGCAAACAGGAGCAGGCCUGCAAGGCCCUGGAGUUUCUGAGGGGGCCCGACUCAGACUUCAUGACAGAGUUCAACAGGAUUGAACUCAGUAUCUCGUCUCAGGGGAGAAUCAGGUGGUCCGAUUUGACAACUCCAUUUUACUACAAGCCCAUCCUGAUCUCCAUAGUGAUGAGGUUCCUUCAGCAGAUGACUGGCAUAACUCCCAUCCUGGUGUAUCUGGAGCCCAUCUUCCACAAGACUAAUGUCUUCCUGGAACCUAAGUAUGAUGCUGCACUGGUGGGAGCAAUUCGACUGCUGUCUGUGGUGAUUGCUGCCAGUUUGAUGGACAAGGCCGGAAGGAAGGCCCUCCUCUAUACCUCAGGGUUCCUGAUGUUUCUCGCUACCCUUACAAUGAACAUGUACUCCCACACCACACCCUGCCCCUCCGGUAACCUGACUGGUACUGUGCUCCCCACAGACCUCAUAGCACAGCAGGGGGAAGCUGCCUCCAACGCCCUCACCCUCAUCCCAUUAAUAAGCACCAUGGUCUUUAUAUUUGGUUAUGCUCUGGGAUGGGGCCCAAUCACUUGGCUUCUGAUGUCUGAGAUCUUGCCUCUGGGAGCACGGGGGGUCGCGUCAGGCCUGUGUGUGGGGGUCAGCUGGUUGACUGCCUUUGUCUUGAGUCAUGUCUUUAUUCAUGUGGUGGAGACCUAUGGACUGUUUGUUCCGUUCCUGUUCUUCUCAGUGGUGUGUGUGGUGAACAUCAUUUUCACCGCCGUGUGUGUCCCUGAGACCAGGAACAGAUCACUGGAGGAGAUUGAGAACUAUUUCCGGACUGGACGCAGUUUCACCAUCAUUGACACAUAGCACCUCUUUGCUGUUACUUACUGGAGCAUUGUGGACUUCAUCAACAUGAUGCAGUCAUUUGUAUGAAUUGAUUUUAUUCAGGUGUUCAAUUCCAGGAUUGAAAUGUUUUUUAAAGGACAAAGGCACUGUUCUUGGAUCUUAAUGAUAUCGUUGUAUUAAUCACUCAUACAUAUAUUUAAUUGUAAAAGGACUUUACAUACAUACACAUGUGAAAAUA